AUGAGCUCGUACUUCGUGAACCCGCUGUACUCCAAGUACAAGGCGGCGGCCGCGGCGGCGGCGGCGGCGGCGGCCGCGGCGGGCGAGGCCAUCAAUCCCACUUACUACGACUGUCACUUCGCGCCCGAGGUCAGCGGCCGCCACGCCGCCGCCCUGCAGCUCUAUGGCAACAGCGCGGCCGGCUUCCCGCACGCGCCCCCGCAGGCGCACGCGCACCCGCACCCGCCGCCGCCGCCGCCGCCGCCCGGGUGCGGCGGAGGGGGCGGCCCGGGCCCCGGGCAGGACUACUUCCACGCCGCCGGCGCGGGCAGCCCCGCCGCCGCCGCUGCCUACCAGGCCGCCCCACCUCCUCCUCCUCCUCCUCCGCACCCUCCGCCUCCCCCCUGCGGCGGGAUUGCCUGUCACGGGGAACCCGCGAAGUUUUACGGAUACGAUAACUUACAGAGACAGCCGAUUUUUACGACCCAGAAAGAGGCCGAGCUGGUACAAUAUCCUGACUGUAAAUCGUCCAGUGGUAAUAUUGGCGAGGACCCAGACCACUUAAAUCAGAGCUCGUCUCCUGCUCAAAUGUUUCCCUGGAUGAGACCACAAGCAGCUCCUGGUAGACGGAGAGGAAGGCAGACCUACAGCCGCUUCCAAACCCUAGAGCUGGAAAAGGAAUUCCUUUUUAACCCUUAUCUGACCAGGAAGAGAAGAAUCGAGGUCUCCCAUACCCUGGCCCUCACGGAGAGACAGGUAAAAAUCUGGUUCCAGAACAGGAGGAUGAAAUGGAAAAAAGAAAACAACAAAGAUAAGUUCCCCGUGUCCCGGCCCGAGGCGAAGGACGGAGAACCCAAGAAGGAAGCCCGAGACCUGGAGGAAGAUGGAGCCGAAGGCCCCACAGAUUAACUUCUAAACUUCACAGUUUUUACCACAGACUAUUAAGACUAACGAUCAGCAGAUGCUGGUGGACACCGCCUUUUCCCCCUUCCUUUUUGAAAAGGACUUUACCUGUGUUUCAAGCUACCUUAAUGCCACUGCUCUUGAGGUUUCUGCGCUUUGAAAGGGAUUUGGGCAUUUUUUAAAAAACAGUUUGUAGUAUCGCAUAGAAGCAGUCCUUGAGCUGCCCUAUAGAAGGGUAAUUUGAUACCGACCUUGUAGCUAUAUUUUUAUAAUGGUUGUUUUUAAUGUCUGAGCUGGUGAUUUGCCUCAACAACGUAAACUUCCUAAUGAUCAGCACUAAAUGAUUGAGUAUAAAAUGCUUUAUUAAUCAAACAAGUGCACUUGAACAUUUUAAAUCUUUAUGGUGAG